UUUGGGUGGGGUGUGGACUUGAGGAAAAGAGGGAGGGAGAGAAGUGGGUGGAUGUGUGGUUGUAAGUGUUUGUGCGUGCCUUGGCGGCGAGGGCUGAGUCUGACAUUUGGAACUUAGGGAGCAGAAGGAAUUGGGCUUCAACAGAAAGGCUACCAUCAAAAAUAAUCAUGUUGGUUCUUCUAGCCGGAAUCUUCCUCCUUCACCUCACCAGCAUCAUCCUCCUCCUAGUGGCAACUAUCGACAAUGCCUGGUGGAUAACAAAAACGGUGUCCACUGAUGUGUGGGCCAGGUGGAUACUGACCAAUGGAACCUGGAGCUCCAACGAUCUCCCCGGCCAGUACCCUCAAGAAUACCUCCAGGCAGUGCAGGCUAGCUCCAUUCUGGCCUGCAUAUUCUCUUCCCUUGGCCUGUUUGUGUUUGUGGGACAGCUCUUCACUCUGUCAAAGGGACAGAGAUUCACCUUCUCUGGCAUCUUCCAGCUCCUAGCCUGCCUGUGCAUCAUGAUCGCUGCCUCCAUCUACACAGACAUCUUUCACAAGAAUGAAUCGGAUGGUUGGUAUGGCCACUCCUUCAUUCUGGCCUGGAUCUCCUUUGCGUUCACCUUCAUCUCCAGUAUAAUCUACUUUGUCCUGCGAAAGAAGACCGCAAACUAGAAGCAGAAGACCAGCCCAAACCCAAGGGACAGGCUCAAUAUCUUACGAUCUGAUCGUUUUUUGUACAAUUAGGUAUGGAUAUGAGUGUGGGAUACAAAAGGGGAGAGUUGUUAUCCACAGAUUUUCAUCCAUGUAUCUUUGGUUCCCACUGAAGUGUGUCUAAACAUAUGGAUUUACAUCGUUAUAACCUACCUGUCCUGCCCACAUAGUAAUAACCUACCUGUCCUGCCCACAUAAUAAUAACCUACCUGUCCUGCCCACAUAUUACCAAGUCCAUGUUUAGUUUUCAUGGGCUCUUAAUAUAAAGUGGGACAACAUUUUCAAAGUGAAUGAAACUUUUACAGCCCUCAUAUAUUCGUUGAAGGUAUAGGGGAGUCAGAGAGUAUAGACUGACAGUAUCUCAUUAUUUCAGAAUCAUAGUCCUGAACUAUUCUUGCUUACAUUUGAUUUAUUUCUCAAUUAGGCUCAGAAUAAAACAAGGCCAAAACACUCAAAACCAAAUAGAAGGAUGAAUUGACUAGUGUCGCAAACAGAAUCCAAUUUCGGAAACUGUCAACGAUCAUUACCCCGUUUGACUUACAGCCCUACUAUAGUGUGCUGAAUAAGACAAAGAAUAUAAUGUAUUUGCCAAUGUCCAUACAUGGAAUGGAACAUUCGUACUAACCUCACUGCUAACUGGACCACCACUCUUUUUAGUUAUGUCAUUAUUUUAUGCUUUGUACCAUUAGUCUUAUUGUGUAGAUUAACUUCCGUUUGUCUGAAUCAACCUAUCCCCCAGACACACCCAUGGACUGACAGACAGACAGAUAGAUCUUGAAAUCUGACAGAGCAUAUUUGCUCGUUGCACAUUGAGAUAUGUGUAAAUAUGAACAUGUUUGGUUUCACAUUAUGCUUUGUAUUUCUAAUGCAAUUUUAUUUUUGUUACUAUUUCUUAUCAGUAUGAUAAUGAUAAUUUGUAUUAAAACCUGAUUUAAAUCAUA